AAACAGAAGGGUGUCUCCCAGCUGCAACGGUCUGCCCCCACGCCUCUGCAUUUCCCCAGCGAUUAGCCAGGGACCCAACACAGCCGCCUGACCUCUUUUACGAACAACAAAACCGUGAUGAAGGCAACAGGAGUCAGAAAACUAUUCACUGCAGGAAGCCCCAGUAUCCGGUGAGAAAUAAGAAGUACAACAGUACAGGAUGCGCCUUGGGUCAGGGGGAUGUGAAAAGCCCUCGGUCUUUGUGUUCUUCCCUGUGCCAGAACGUCUGCGUCGGAGCCCUCAGUUCUCCUCUCAGCUCAGCUGCUGUCACUGCACGGCUGCCAGCCUCCCGCUGAAGGGGACACGGGUCCAUAAUGGCCACCUCUGCCGGCCUGCUGCUGCCGCUGCUGCUCCUGGGCCAGCCCUGGGCGGGGGCUGGAGCUCCCGGGGAAGCUGUGGUGUGCGCGGGGAAUGCCUGCUACACAGCCCACUGGGGCAAGCUGAGUGCGGCCGAGGCCCAGAGUCACUGCAGCAAGAAUGGGGGCAACCUGGCCACCGUGAAGAGUGAAGAGGAGGCUUGGCACAUCCAGCGAGCCCUGGCCCAGCUCUUGGAGUUGGAGGAGGCCCUAGAAGCUCGGAUGGGCAAGUUCUGGAUCGGGCUCCAGCGCGAAAAGGGAAAGUGCUUAGACUCCAGCUUGCCGCUGAAAGGCUUCAGCUGGGUGGGCGGCGGGGAAGACACACUUUACACCAACUGGAACAGGGAGGUCAGGAGCUCCUGCAUCUCUAGGCGCUGUGUAUCCCUGCUGCUCUAUCUGUCUCUGCCGUCUCAUGCCAGCUACCUCCCCAAAUGGUCUGAGGGCCCCUGUGGGAGCCCAAACUCUCCUGGAAGCAACAUCGAGGGCUUUGUGUGCAAGUUCAAUUUCAAAGGCAUGUGCCAGCCUCUGGCUCUGGGGGGCCCAGGCCGGGUGGAAUACAGGACCCCGUUCCAGGCCACCAGCUCCUCCCUGGACACUGUGCCCUUUGCCUCUGUGGCUAACGUGGCCUGUGGGGAUGGGGACGAGGGUCGGGAGCAUUACUUCCUGUGUAAGGAGAAGGCCUCAGAUGUGUUCGACUGGGGAAGCGCAGGCCCCCUCUGUGUUAGCCCCAAGUACGGCUGCAGCUUCAACAACGGGGGCUGCCAGCAAGACUGUUUCGAGGGUGGUGAUGGCUCCUUCCGCUGUGGCUGUCGGCCGGGAUUCCGGCUGCUGGACGACCUGGUGACCUGUGCCUCCCGGAACCCUUGCAGCUCCAGUCCCUGUAAAGGGGCAGCCACCUGUGUCCUGGGACCUCACAGGAAGAACUACACGUGCCUCUGCCCCCAAGGCUACCAGCUGGACUCAAGUCAGCAGGAUUGUGUGGAUGUGGACGAGUGCCAGGACUCCCCCUGCCCACAAGAGUGUGUCAACACCCCCGGGGGCUUCCACUGUGAGUGCUGGGUGGGCUACGAGCCCCGUGGCCCUGGGGAGGAGGCCUGUCAGGAUGUGGACGAGUGUGCCCCUGGCCACUCGCCCUGCGCCCAGGGCUGCACUAACACAGAUGGCUCGUUCUACUGCUCCUGCAAGAAGGGCUAUGUCCUGGCUAAGGAGGAUGGCACCCAGUGCCUGGAUGUGGACGAGUGUGAGGGCCCGGAGCAUGGCCUUUGUGAGGGCUUGUGCCUCAAUACACAGGGGUCCUUCCAGUGCAGCUGCCUGCCGGGCUGGGAGCUGGGCCCGGAUGGGGUCUCGUGUACCACAGGGUCCACGUCUCUGGCACCACAGACUGGGCCUCCCCAGGGAGAGGAUAUGGGAGAUAGAGAGGGGAAUCUUGUGUAUUCUUCCACAAUAUCCAGGCCCACCAGGGACUCCGAGGGCACCUCCAAGGAGGCAUCCACCAUGAAGACUCCCUCCCUCCCAUCUGAGGCCCCCACCACCCUGACUGUGCCUGACAUGCUGGCUCACAGUGGGCCCCCUGGCGAAUGGAUGGAGCCCAGCACCCAUCACCCCAAGGCUACCACAGAUGGUGGGGAGAAUAUGGAUGAGGAUUCCAUGUCCAAACAAAGUGACAAUGGCACCGAUGGGCAAAAGCUGCUUUUGUUCUAUAUCCUGGGCACAGUGGUAGCCAUCUUACUCUUACUGGCUCUGGCUCUUGGACUUCUGGUCUAUCGCAAGCGGAAAGCAAAGAGGGAGGAGGAGAAGGAGAAAAAGCCCCAGAACGCUGCUGACAGCUACUCCUGGGCUCCAGAGCGGGCUGAGAACAGGGCCUUGGAGAAUCAGUACAGUCCAACGCCAGGGACGGACUGCUGAAAGGUGAGGCAGCCUCAGGGACACUGCCAGUCGGCCAUCACCAUCCUCAGAGCUUUCCACACCCCAUCGGAAGGGGCGACCCACAUCCUUCCCAAAGACUGGACUGGAAUCUUAGCAAACAGUUGUAAACAUUCUUAAAAGCCUAGCACCUUGGAAUAUACAGGUAUUUUCUACUUGUGCGUGGUAAUCCUGAAGUAGAAGCAAUGGGUUGGGAUGUGAUUUCGGGAAUUUUGUGGAUGUUAACAAUUCUUACUCACUUUCCCUUUGCAAAUUCAAAUGUGACCAAUUUCACAUUUCCCACUGAUUCUGGAUGAGGGAGUUACAAAUCAGGUGCUAAUGGGGCUCCUUCUAAACUGCUUCCCUGCUCGCUUGAACAUCUGAGGAGAAAAGGCUGUCUGCUAAUGCUAAUUAGUGUUGAAAUGAUUUGUUCCUCUUGGCAUAACAGAGACUAAAUCAUUGUUUAAUGAUGUAAAAAGUUUUUCUUUUCUUUUUUUGUCAAAAGGAACAUAUUGAGGACUGGAAACAUUUCUUUACAUUUGCAUUCAUGUAUUUUCCCAUCACAAGCCCUGAUAAGCUUGACCUUGUUGAAAUCCUCCAGAAUGACCAUAGUACCCUGGACUGCUCAAGUAGCAAGGAUGCUGGAAGUUUACAAAUUGCAUUUCCUAGUUCUUAACAUUGCUAAUAGUUUUGGGUUUCUUUGCAAGUGAAGUCUGGAAAGGGUGGGAGAAGGAUGAAGUGAGUUGAAAGUGUUUUUGAAAGCCAGUAAUCCAAAGAGCUGGAGAGAAAGGCCUGGGGCUUGUUUCACAAAUACUUGAAUCAAUCCAUCUAAAUGCACUUGUGUUAACACACACUAUUGAUGAGGUGAACACGCACAAGGAGAAAAGUCAGAGUCGUCUCUCCUAUGCCACCUGCCUUCCCUGCAUUGUGCUCUGGAUUUAAAUGCUCUGAUUAUAGAUGGAUGGAGCCCCUAGAAGUCUCUCAUUCUGACUGUUAACACUGUAUGAGGGAGAUGAGAUGCUGAGCUUUGAAAGCUGGCAUCAUAAAGCAUUUUAACACAGCUCACAGUUGGUAUUGCUUCCUGAGGGCAUGAUUCCUGAUUUGUGGCUAUAGCUUGCAACCAGGUCAGGGACCAGACAGGAGGGACGCUGGCCCUGUGCUGCUUAAAAAACAUUUGCCAUAUUUUUCUCUUGUUCUUAAAAAAGGGGGGAGAAGAGAAGGAGAGAGAAAAAGAAUAAUUCAAAUCUUUUGCAACCAUAAAAACUGCUUGAAGCAAUUUUAAUUUAUUUCCUCCUUUUUAAAUGCUUGCUUGUGAAGAUUUCCCCUCCUGAGGUAGUGGUGGAGAGCACUACCUUCUCAUGUGGUUCUGCCUGGGUCACUGGAAAGUAGCCGUGGGAUUCAGAUUUUUUUUUUUUUUUUUACUUUAUGAUGAUCAGAGCUUUUUUUUUUUACUUUAUAUUAGAGGAGUUUAAAUUUUUUUUAAUAUAAUUUGUCAAAUUGGUUUCCAUACAACACCCAGCGCUCAUCCCAACAAGCGCUCUCCUCUCUGCCCACAACCGCUUGAGUAGCACCAGGAGGACUCAGGUCACCUGCAGGCUUGUUGCUGUCACCACGCAGAACAGAUUAGGAAUGUGUUUCCUUCCGGGGAUUCCCAAGUCUGCCUCUCAAAACCAGGGUGCCCUAUUGUUUCUGGCUUUGCCUUAGAAACACAUCUGUUCCAGAGGCGGACACCUGGGGCAGGAAUAGCUGCCAGGUGAACGGCCGGCCCUCAGAGUUAAGUAAAUAUCCUUUUGCCAAUAUUGAAAUGUAAAUUCUAUAGUUCAGAUUUUUUUUUUUUUUAGGAAAAAGAGUAACUGAAGGAGUGAGUAUACAGAAAGAUGAAGGUUUUGGAGGACUUAGCAAGGUGUUUGGAACUUUGCUUUUUAAAGACAUCUAAUAUUAUUUAGAUUUCAGUUGAAAUACUGGUGUGUAACACUCAGGAGGCAAAGGCUUAUAUCCACUGGCCCCAGGACCCUUGGCUGUCUGUUGUGUGGGAACCAACCACACCACUAUUCAGAGCUGGCCAGAGGCAUUGCUGACAAUAUGUGCACUUACUUGAACUAACUGCAAAUUCAACAGCUUUGCCUCCAGGCUUUUACAGUUCUACCCUUAUCACUAGGGGAAAGAAGACAUUCCUAUUUAGGCUUCCCCUAAGUCCCUCUGAGGGCCUGUGGGACCUUGUACUGGCUGAGGUCCCCAAACAUGCUCUCUCAUUUUUACGGAGUCUGACUUCUUCUACUGCCCAGCCCCAUUUUUGACUUUUCUGUUCAAAUCUCUCUGUGCGUGGGAAUGUGAAGCCCUAUCCCUGAUGGCAGGCAGACCGCAGAUACCCACUGUGAAACACACAAGGGGAGAAAUGGACCGAUAAAUAAUUCCCCCAAUCCCCUCUAGCAGAAUCAGUCCAUUCGUGAGCAGAUGAGCCCUACCUUCUCUCCCGGAAGCUCCAACCAGUGGCCAAGAUCCCUGAAUUGGAUGACCUUAUCUGAUGAAAACCACUGGCCUCAAACAAAUACUGUUCUCCCCUUUGAUACUGCUGCCAUUUUGUAUGAGGGAUGUGAACUACUGUUUGGGGAGAUGGGGACCCAGCAGUGGAUGAACCACUGGCCACGUGGCCAUUGACAAACUAGUUGUCGGCAAACUGUCCAUUUAUAUAUACAGAAGCUCCCCGGGUGGCUCGGCCACGACACAGCCUGGGAAAUGGAGGGGUUGGAGCAUGGGAGAGGUAGACUCUGCUGUGCACAGACUCCUCCAACUGUGUGCCUGGGCUGGGCUGGGGCAGACUGAGGGCUGUUCUGUCCCUGACCUGCAGAGCAGCAGAACGGCCAGGGUGAUGGGGAAAGGGUGACAGGUCCAUUUGGCAACAGGCUUAAAGACAAUGGAUACUUUUGCCCAAAUAGAAUUUUCCAUAGUUCAAUAAUUCUAGGAUGCUCUUGGACAAUUUAUAUUAGGAAGAAACUCACCCUCUGCCCUCUCUCCAUCUCCCAAGGCAGAUAAUUGAAAGGGAGAAUGACUCCUAAAACAUGCAGCCCACUAUGUUCAUUCCCGAACUUAGAGAUAAUCACUGCUCUUUUUUCUCGUUCAUUUGAACAUGUGAUGCUGGACAAGCCUCGCUCCAGAAUCUGAGGAGUGUAAAAAGCAAAGGUGGGGCAAUUAUCUGAAAAUGCCUUUGAAAGAGUUGGACCCAGUGAGGUCUUUUGUAGGAUGCACCCACCCCUGCUCAACAUAGUGACCUUGAGGCAAAAGAUGGCCUUGCAGGUGUCCCUUUGGUUCACCCACAUGCCUGAUCAUCAUAAUUGUGGCAUCUGGCACCACACAUCCACAUCGUGUUUUCCCUUCUGCAUCAAGUGGGUGACUUAAGUGGGUUCUGCCUUAAGAACGGGAGGGAUGCAGGCUAACAUCCUGUCCGUGAUUAGACAAAAAGGUGGAAUAAAAAGUUAAACAUGUAUGUGAGCGUUGUAUGUGCACAGUACAGGAAGAAUUAGGUUGGAAAUGAAUCUCUGUCCCUGAAACACACACAUGUGUGUUACUAUUCUUAUGUUUCAGUCAGGAGCCCCUGUUUGAACUCAUUCUGGUGGCACCUGCACUUUUAUCACUGAACGUUACCUUUGGAAAAUAUAGAUGUGAUCAUUAGCUGAUUUUAUUCCAACCCUCUUUCCUAUAAACGUUUCUGUGAAAACUGAGAACAGAGGAGUUUUGAUUCCCAAAAAUGUACUACAUUCAAAGUAAUGCAUUUUUAAAAGCAAAUAUAGGACAGCCUUUUCCUAUUAUUUUUCUCCUUAGCUUCUCCAUUGUCUAAAUCAGGAAAACAGGAAAGCAUGGCUUUCUAGCAGCUGCAAAAUGGUGUAAUGUCCCCUCCAUGUUUCCAUCACCUUAAACAAUAGAUUAGCAUGGGAAUCCGAGAUAUGAUCCUUGAAAACAUCUGUCCCUGUCUGGCUGCAAAACCUACUGCUUAUAGCCAUGUGGUUUGUGGCAUUUGUCAACCAAAACAAACAAACAAAAAAGCCGAUAAUCAGAAUUCUCCACAUAUUCUGUAAUCAAAUACCAUAUUCUGUUCCAGAUUCCCAAAACUAAUACACGCUGAAGUGCUUUUUUAAAAAGUGAAUUGUGUUUUGACCUGUUCUUGGGGAUCAUGCGCAUCUCUUCUAGGAAAAAACUCUAGAAUAUCUUUCUCACAUUGUUCCUCUUUAUCUGCAAGGGGGCAAGCAUUUCCUUUCCACAAAUCUUGCCCACCAUUCUUCUGGACUGGGUUCUUGGUGCACAUUUGACUGAAGCUUGAAUUAGGUUGUUUGCAAGGCCUUGUUCUAUGACACUCAAUGGGACUGUAAAUGUCAGUCAUCCCUUCACAAAUGCUAGAUAAGAAUUUAGUAUUUUUAAAUCUGUGUAUUUGAAAUUUGUUCCACUCAUUCUGCCAUCGUGGGAUUUCUGUGCAGGGCGUCUUUCUGUCUUGGGCCCGACUGUUUCCCAGGCGGGGGGAGGGCAGGCUUGGCUGAUGCACAGGGCCUCGGAACUCUGAGAAACCAAGGGCCAUAUCGAGUCCACCUCGACAAGCAGCAAGCCUGCCAUCCUUUGUGUUUUAUGUCACAUGCCUAACCUAAUAAACUCUGGACUACAGUU